AUGGUUGAAGUAGUUGAAUCAAAUGUUGGAUCCUCUGUUCCUCCUCCUUCUUUUGAUGUGGGAAGUCAGUUGUAUAUUCAUCCUUCUGAUAGUGCAGGUGCAGUGUUGGUACCUGUUCCUUUCGAUGGAAUAGGCUUUAGCUCAUGGAAGCGAGGUGUUCUUCGUUCCUUGUCAGUGAAGAAUAAGUUGGGCUUCAUCAAUGGAGAAUGCUUGAAACCAUCAUCAACUUCUCCAAAUUAUUGCCAAUGGGAACGAUGCGAUGCCAUGGUUACUUCAUGGAUCCUCAACUCUCUAAGCAAGGACAUUGCUGAUAGUGUCGAAUACGUUUUUGAUUCACUGGAGUUAUGGAAUGAACUAAAGGAUCGAUAUGAUCAGACAAAUGGUGCAAAAUUAUAUCAGAUCCAGAAGGAGAUUAACGAUCUAAGUCGGGGAUCUCUAGAUAUCACUUCCUACUAUACCAAGAUGAAGAAACUUUGGGAGGAACUGAACAACUUGUGUGUAAAGAAUCAGUGCAGUUGCUUAUGCACUUGUGGUGCCAAGGAUACUGUGUAUAAGGCAGAGCAGGAUAGACGAUUAAUCCAAUUUCUUGUGGGGCUUAAUGAAGCAUAUACCAUCAUUCGCGGCAGCAUACUCAUGAUGAAACCAUUACCUUCCAUGGGUCAAGCAUUUGCUCUCCUAAUUCAGGAGGAGAAGCAGCGAGAAUUUAAGCCUAACAGCCAAUUUUUCGCAGAUCCACCUUCUAUGUGUGCUAACUCUUCAAUUGGACAGUCACGACAAACUGGAGGCAACUCAGGUGGACGAGGCUUCUAG